AUGUUACAGGAUCCAACAAACAUUUCAGCAUAUCGUGACAGAAUGUUUCUAGGAACACAAAAAGAAUAUGAACACGCACUCCAAACUUCAACAACCAUAUACAUUGGCAACAUGUCUUUCUACACUACUGAAGAGCAACUCUAUGAGUUGUUCUCUCGUGCGGGAGAAAUCAAAAAGAUUAUCAUGGGUUUAGACAAGAACACAAAAACACCAUGUGGCUUCUGCUUCAUCGUGUAUUAUUCUAGGGAAGACACUGAAGAUUCAGUAAAAUACAUAAGUAGGGCAAUUCUUGAUGAUCGACCUAUUCGUGUUGAUUUUGAUUGGGGGUUUCAGGAUGGAAGACAAUGGGGACGUGGCCGCAGUGGUGGACAAGUUAGAGAUGAAUAUCGCACAUAUUAUGAUCCUGAUAUCCUUUUAUUUUUUACUUAAUUAGUUAAAUUUACCUAUUUAACCUUCUCUCUCAUGUUAAAAUUGGUUAAGAUUCAUAUGAAUGUAAGGGUAAAGUGGUCGUGGCAUUGUAUGCCAUUUUGUGGCCCUAUAGAGAUAAACAAACAUGGAGUAAAAAAAUUGAAUUAAAACACUCUAAGUUUCCUAAAGCUUGAGUUUUUAAAUUUUCACAAGCGUUAUAUAUACAA